CUCUGUCUUUUUCCCAAGCCACACUUAAGGCUGGAUCUAUAAUUAGCAAAGGGCCUUCGGCAGUAUAUAAGCCCCCCAGAAACAAGUCACCACGCGGCUUCAGUCUUCACUUCUUGAGCUUCUUAGACUUCACACAUACCGUCUCAGCAUGGCACCCAAGAAGGCCAAGAGGAGGGCAGGAGGAGGAGAGGGUUCCUCCAACGUGUUCUCCAUGUUUGAGCAGAGCCAGAUUCAGGAGUACAAAGAGGCUUUCACAAUCAUUGACCAGAACAGAGACGGUAUCAUCAGCAAAGACGACCUUAGGGACGUGUUGGCCUCAAUGGGCCAGCUGAACGUGAAGAAUGAGGAGCUGGAGGCCAUGAUCAAGGAAGCCAGCGGCCCAAUCAACUUCACCGUUUUCCUCACCAUGUUCGGAGAGAAGCUGAAGGGUGCUGACCCCGAAGACGUCAUUGUGUCUGCCUUCAAGGUGCUGGACCCAGAGGGCACUGGCUUCAUCAAGAAGCAAUUCCUUGAUGAGCUUCUGACCACUCAGUGCGACAGGUUCUCCGCAGAGGAGAUGAAGAAUCUGUGGGCCGCCUUCCCCCCAGAUGUUGCUGGCAAUGUUGACUACAAGAACAUCUGCUACGUCAUCACACACGGAGAGGAGAAGGAGGAGUAAACGGUCGUGGAGACAAGACAGAAAAUGAAGAGAUGAACGUGCAUCCCUCACUGCUUAACUCUCCCAGUCUGUUCUCUGUCCUCCUUCUCUUACUUUGUGUUUCUUCCUCCCUUUCCUCCUUUCUAUCAUCUUUGUUACUCUCAAGCACUUACUCUCUUUGUCUCUCCAAAGACUGGUCUCGCCGAGGCUGAAUUGGGAGGGAGGAGAGGUUCAUGACCACGGUGUCUGUCAAGUGGGGAUAUGGGAUUGUUUUCAAUAAAGUGAACAUCCUUUCUGUAUCUUUCA